UAGUCUUGUCAAGCAUAGCAAAAUUCUCAGUAUGACUUUUCCCUUUCGUAUUAUUAAUUGGAUUUUAAUGAUUGCUAUAGCGAUUGUGGAAAUAUUAGCGUUGACAUUUCUUAUUUUAUUACUGCCUUCGCACUGCAUCAAAGGACAAGAGUAUGGAAUAUCUGUAUAUAUCUAUGCAGAUGUAUUGCCUGGUAUAACGGUGCAAUCCGUAGUAUUUGCAAUUUUACGUUUUAUAUGCCGGACGGUGGGACUAGAUCCAAUUGCUGUCGUAUACAACCUAGUAAGCGGCUGCCUUUGUAUUUGCACUGCAAUUCCAAUGAUAGUAACCGCAGCUGAGCACUGCCAUAAUGAAUAUGAAUACAUGUUUUUCACAUCGCCACUACUGGGCGUAGUCGCGGGCCUCUUGCAUAUUAUCGUGGCCGUUAUAUGCCUCAAAUAUAUGCCCCUCAAAGAGGCACGCUACUUGAAUCCCAAAAGCUGUCGAAAAGAAAAAACGUAAAGUUGCGAGUGUCUAAACUAAAUGUAAUUGUGUAAUUUUAUCUGUAAUAAAUUGCAUGUGUAUAGCAGAAA